AUUUUCAAUUUUGUAAUCAGCGAUUCGUAUGCUUAACUGCUUAUAAUGUAUCGAGAGAUCGAAACCUAAACCGCUAAACGUAAAUUGGCAGUCGUACAUUGUUUGUGGUGUGCAGUGCCGGGUCUAAGACAAAAGGGUACAUGGGACAGAAAAAAAUCAGAACUGUAGCGUUGACUCUAAUGAAUUUCGCCUAAGAGAAUUGCAGACUUUUGAAAGAAAGAAAUUACACAAAAAUGAGCAGGAAAGAAGCUUUGUCACAGUUCAUCCAGCAGAUACAUGGGCGCCCUGUAGUUGUCAAGCUGAACAGUGGAGUUGAUUACCGAGGAGUGCUUGCCUGUCUUGAUGGUUACAUGAACAUUGCAUUAGAACAGACUGAAGAAUAUGUGAAUGGUCAGUUAAAAAACAAGUAUGGUGAUGCAUUCAUCCGAGGGAAUAAUGUUUUAUACAUAAGUACUCAGAAGAGGAGAAUAUGAUGGAAAAUUGCUUUAAUUUCUCUCUGUUUUGUUAUACCUUGAAGAUUUUUGUUUUAUAUAGAAUUGAAAUUGUAAUAUGAUAACUAUUUUGUGAAUGAAAUAAAGUGUCAAUAAAUGUGUAUUGCACAAA